AUGGGUACGGAUAGAAGCCUCGCAUGGGACUGCAGCAGCUCCCUUUACGACUCCUUCGAGCUCAAGUCCUUCAUACGGCAACUCGACUCGGCCAUCGCCGCCCGUUGCAUGUCCAUGCCGCACCUCUCCGAGACGCCUCCACCGGCACUGGCGCCCCCCAGAAAGAAGCGAUCCAGGUUCUCCAGAUCGGUGCAGAAGCUCCUCCGCUCCGUGCUCCGCAUGAAGUCCAUGUUCGGGGUGCAACUGCAGUCGCACGGGCACCAGGAGCAGGCGCUGCACGCCGCAUACUUGCGGUCUGGCCCACUCGAGUCCAUCCCGGAGGUCUGUGAGAAGGAGACGGCCUCGCCGGAGACCGAUAGAGCGGUGAGGAAGACCGUGUCGGAGCGGUUCACUGCCUCGACUGUGAAGCCACUGGCACCCAUCUCAUGA